CCCCCCCCAGGUUGCUCCCGGGAGCCUCCAAUGCCUUGACCUCUUCCAAUGUCACCUACGGUCCCUUUAGUCUCAGCCCAAACAAAAACUUUAAUGCAGAGGAAAAGCCUGGACUGGUUUCACAGGCCUUUUAAAAAGCGGACUUAAAAGUUGCUGGCAAUGCAUUCCUUGUCAUCCGAGGCGAGGGCAAGCCCUCGCUGAAGUCUGGGUGACCCGUGUCGUUUUCCGGAGCGCAGGGUAGAGCAGCAGGAGCGGCAGCUAGUUUGGCAGGAAAUCUGUCGGAAGAUCAAGAAACUGAGAUAGGAGGUAGGGUGGGCGACUUCCCCAGGAAAAGUUCUGGAGAAGCAUCCAGAGGUGAUCACCAUUUCCUUUAUGUGCGGGAAUCGAGAUGACUUUAGUGUUACUGACCCUUUUACAGCAUCCCUGUGAAUGUUUGUUUUUCUUCUUGGAGAGAAAGAAACUUACUCAGCCCGUGAAAGACACUCAAACUCAAGGAACUGUGGGGUCGCCCCGCAGUUGCAGGACUUCGAAUUGAUCGACCGCGGACAUAAUCGGAACUGCUGUUUACAUGUGUUCACUUGUGUUUGACCUCAAUGUACUGACCCGUGGCGAUUCGGUGAAUGUGAAGUCCCACGCAUGUACUGUUUCCUUCUAAGCCCGCUGACCGUUCUGGAGGAUCUCGAACCCUCUUCUGGAAAGGGGUGCCUAUCAUUACUUUAUGGGGCAGCAGCCUGGAAAAGUUCUUGGGGACCAGAGGAGGCCAAGCUUGCCUGCCCUGCACUUUAUCAAAGGAGCAGGGAAGAAGGAAUCAUCGAGGCACGGGGGUCCGCACUGCAAUGUCUUUGUGGAACACGAAGCCCUUCAGAGGCCAGUAGCGUCUGACUUUGAGCCCCAAGGUCUGAGCGAAGCAGCUCGUUGGAACUCCAAGGAAAACCUUCUUGCUGGUCCCAGUGAAAAUGACCCCAACCUUUUUGUUGCACUGUAUGAUUUUGUGGCCAGUGGGGAUAACACCCUAAGCAUCACUAAAGGUGAAAAGCUCCGGGUUUUAGGCUACAACCACAAUGGGGAAUGGUGUGAGGCCCAAACCAAAAAUGGCCAAGGGUGGGUCCCAAGCAACUACAUCACGCCGGUCAACAGUCUGGAGAAACAUUCCUGGUACCACGGGCCCGUGUCCCGCAACGCCGCCGAGUACCUGCUGAGCAGCGGGAUCAACGGCAGCUUCUUGGUGCGGGAGAGCGAGAGCAGCCCUGGCCAGAGGUCCAUCUCGCUGAGAUACGAAGGGAGAGUGUACCACUACAGGAUCAACACUGCUUCUGAUGGCAAGCUCUACGUCUCCUCAGAGAGCCGCUUCAACACUUUGGCGGAGUUGGUUCAUCAUCACUCGACUGUGGCGGACGGGCUCAUCACCACUCUCCAUUACCCGGCCCCCAAGCGCAACAAGCCCACCGUCUACGGCGUGUCCCCCAACUACGACAAGUGGGAGAUGGAGCGCACGGACAUCACCAUGAAGCACAAGCUGGGAGGCGGCCAGUACGGAGAGGUGUACGAGGGCGUGUGGAAGAAAUACAGCCUGACGGUGGCCGUGAAGACCUUGAAGGAGGACACCAUGGAGGUGGAAGAGUUCUUGAAAGAAGCCGCAGUGAUGAAGGAGAUCAAGCACCCCAACCUCGUGCAGUUGCUGGGGGUCUGCACCCGGGAGCCCCCGUUCUAUAUAAUCACUGAGUUCAUGACCUAUGGGAACCUGCUGGAUUACCUGCGGGAGUGUAACCGGCAGGAGGUGAAUGCUGUGGUGCUGCUGUACAUGGCCACGCAGAUCUCGUCAGCCAUGGAGUACCUGGAGAAGAAGAACUUCAUCCACAGAGAUCUUGCUGCCCGAAACUGCCUGGUAGGGGAGAACCACUUGGUGAAGGUGGCUGAUUUCGGCCUGAGCAGGUUAAUGACAGGGGAUACGUACACAGCCCACGCCGGGGCCAAGUUCCCCAUCAAGUGGACAGCGCCAGAAAGCCUGGCCUACAACAAGUUCUCCAUCAAGUCCGACGUCUGGGCGUUUGGAGUACUGCUUUGGGAAAUUGCUACCUACGGUAUGUCACCUUACCCAGGAAUUGACCUGUCCCAGGUAUACGAGCUGCUAGAGAAAGACUAUCGCAUGGAACGCCCGGAAGGCUGCCCAGAGAAGGUCUACGAACUCAUGCGAGCAUGUUGGCAGUGGAAUCCCUCCGACCGGCCCUCCUUUGCUGAAAUCCACCAAGCCUUUGAGACCAUGUUCCAAGAGUCCAGCAUAUCAGAUGAAGUGGAAAAGGAACUGGGGAAAAAAGGUGUCCGAGGGGUUGCGAGUACUUUGCUGCAGGCCCCAGAGCUGCCCACCAAGACGAGAACGUCCAGGAGAGCCGCGGAGCACAAAGACCCCACUGAGGUGCCCGAGAUGCCCCACUCCAAGGGCCCAGGAGAGACCGAUCCUCUCGACCACGAGCCCCCUGUGUCUCCACUGCUCCCUCGAAAAGAACGAGGUCCCCAGGAUGGCGGCCUGAAUGAGGACGAGCGCCUUCUUCCCAAAGACAAAAAGACCAACUUGUUCAGUGCCUUGAUCAAGAAGAAGAAGAAAACGGCCCCAACGCCCCCGAAACGCAGCAGCUCCUUCCGGGAGAUGGACGGCCAGCCCGAGCGCAAGGGGGCCGGCGAGGAAGAGGGCCGAGAAACCAGCAACGGGGCGCCGGCUCUCACACCCUUGGACGCAGCCGAGCCAGCCAAGUCCCCAAAGCCCAGCAGCGGGGCUGGCGUCCCCAACGGAGCCUUCCGGGAGUCCGGGGGUGCAGGCUUCCGGUCUCCCCACCUGUGGAAAAAGUCCAGUACGCUGACCAGCAGCCGCCUAGCCGCCGGCGAGGAGGAGAGUGGCAGCAGCUCCAGCAAGCGCUUCCUGCGGUCCUGCUCGGCCUCCUGCGUGCCCCACGGAGCCAGGGACACCGAGUGGAGGUCCGUCACACUGCCUCGGGACCUGCAGUCCACGGGCAGGCAGUUCGACUCGUCCACGUUUGGAGGGCACAAAAGCGAGAAGCCGGCUCUGCCUCGGAAGCGGGCGAGUGAGAACAGGUCCGACCAGGCGACCAGAGGCACGGUGACUCCCCCACCCAGGCUGGUGAAAAAGACCGAGGAGGCAGCCGAUGAGGUCUUUCGAGACGCGGGGGAGUCCAGCCCGGGCUCCAGCCCCCCAAGUCUGACUCCAAAACUCCUCCGCAGGCAGGUCACGGGGGCUCCUUCCUCUGGCCUUCCCCACAAGGACGAGACCGCCAAGUCCGGUGCCUUGGGGACACCUGUCGCAGCUGAGCCGGUGCCCCCCGCCAGCAGAGCAGGGCCGGGUGUGUCCGGAGGGACCGGCAAGGCCCCCGCCGAGGAGCCCAGAGCGAGGAGGCACAAGCCUUCCUCCGAGUCCCCAGGGAGAGACAAGGGGAAACUGUCCAAGCUCAAACCUGCCCCACCGCCCCCGCCGCCGCCGGCCUCCGUGGGGAAAGCCGGGAAGCCCGCUCAGAACCCGACCCAGGAAGCGGCCGGGGAGGCCAGCACUGGCGGGAAAAUGAAAGCGGCGGCUGUGGUCGUGGAUGCUGUGAACAGUGACGCCAUCAAGCCCAGUCCGCUGGGAGAGGGCGUCAAAAAGCCCACGCUCCCAUCCGUGCCAAAGCCGCAGUCGUCCAGCAAGCCAGCGGGGGCCCCAGCCGGGGCGGCGCCCGCCCCCUCCACAUUGCCAUCAGCAGCCUCCGCCCUGGCCGGGGACCAGCCCGCGUCUACUGCCUUCAUCCCUCUCAUAUCGACCCGCGUCUCUCUUCGGAAAACCCGCCAGCCUCCGGAGCGGAUCGCCAGCGGCACCAUCACCAAGAGCGUGGUCCUGGACGGCACCGAGGCCCUGUGCCUGGCCAUCUCCAAGAACUCCGAGCAGAUGGCCAGCCAUAGCGCCGUGCUGGAAGCCGGCAAAAACCUGUACACGUUCUGCGUGAGCUAUGUGGAUUCCAUCCAGCAGAUGAGGAACAAAUUCGCCUUCCGCGAGGCCAUCAACAAACUGGAGAAUAAUCUCCGGGAGCUUCAGAUCUGCCCGGCGACAGCAGGGAGUGGCCCGGCGGCCACUCAGGACUUCAGCAAACUCCUCAGCUCCGUGAAGGAGAUCAGUGACAUCGUACAGAGGUAGCAGAAGCCGGGCAUGAGCCGCCUGCAGUGCGUGAAGGCUUCCCCGUGCCUGCGACAGUGGCCGACACCAGACCAGUGAGUUGGGACCUUGGCCCGGGAGCGCUGCGCCACACGGAGCCAAGGGCCACUGUGGAACACAGCCUGACUACCUGUGUUUUGUGCCAACUGUCCCGCACUUCCCCCUCCCCCAGCCCGAGCUCCCUGAGUCGCCUCUGUCCCGAGUUCUAUCUGUGGAGUUCCUGCUCUGUGGACUCCGGUCGGCCCGCCGGCCUCCUCCCCACGUAGUGCUCCAGAACUGAGCUCUUCCGGCCAGGGGUGAAAGCAGAUGAGCAUAUUUCCUUUCUGCUGGUCUUUCUGGAGGCCCACCUCUGGGGAUGCCUUCUCCUCCGCUUCCCGCAGGAAACGAGCGCCCUGCACGGGAGCCUUGUCACUGAGGCCCGAGGAACUGUCCUCCCCACCUACCCCAUGGGGGGGAGCCGGCGCAGAAGACCCGUCUCCAGAACUACAUCCUGGGAAGCGCUUGCCAGCUGGUCACUCUGCCCUCCGUUGCCGCCGGGGGCUGGUGCCCUCACAUUGCCUCGCGUGAAGGACAGCUCUUGAUUUGGGGGGUGAAACGGGGUGCUAAAACCAGCCGGCCCUUGGGUCCUUGCUGUCUUGUGGCACUGCUCGGCCUGGAUGGAAAGCUGGAGUCUGAAGGGUAGGAGGGUCGCGGUCCGGCGUGCAGGGUCAGGGGAGGCAGGCAGGGUGGCUGGCUGGGGCAACAGCUGGUACCCAGAUGGCCUGGGGCUGGGCCCAGCCUACCUUCUUUUCAGGCUUCCAGGUGCCCAGAGAAGGCACUUGGUCUUGAUUUCUGACCGGUCUCCUUCUCCUCCCUUGUACUCCUCUGAGACCAAGUAGAUUCAUGCAGAGCUCUUUCCUGUGUGACAAGCCAACCUUUAGUUUUCCGGAGCAUUUCAUGGCUCUGAGCUCAGCCCAGUCGCCUCCGGCACAGAAGGACCGGCCGCUGGCGCGCAGGAGGAGGAGGACUGUGGCACCAAAGCCCCAACCGUUGCUGGCUGUGUGCUAAGAGGCCAAUGUCCUGUUGAAUCGCCACGAGCAACAACACGCAGCCCACUGUUUCUGCUGGGGUUUUCAGGGAUGGAGAAAACCACAAACGGAUGAAGCCCAGGAAGUGUCUCCAAGAGCAGGCCUCGGUCUCCUCUCCCCAGGCUGCCCAGGACCAGGCUCUCCAGCCAGGGGCCCAGGCCGCCUUGACCUUGACCUAGAGCAGCUGCUGAAGGAGGGGGGCAGGCACCUGCCUGGGCCUCCUGCCGGGCCCAGGCGCGACCACCUUCCACCCCCAUACCCCCGUGACCUCACACCGGCCUCAUCACCCAAACUUGCUCUUUAUUCCUCUGGUAGAGAUGGUUCCCUCUGCAUCGAUUUGUGCUGUCCUCACAGCUCAUCACCUCUUUGCCCCCUCCCCCCACCCCCCAGACUUCUGUGUCACACAGACUGAGGGAGGUGCUAGAACACCACCAGCGGCCUUGCAGACAAAGCAAAACCGACCCCACCCAGGUCCCCUCGACCGCCUCUUUCUAUAAGGUACUGAUUUUUUUUUUGUUCACAUGACGUGCCACUAUAUUUUGCAUUUAUAUCUUGGUAUUACACCCUUUUAUAGACUUGGUCUUUUAUAAAUGACAUGUAAAUAGUUUUCCACUAUUUUCCCGUCUCAAAUGCCUAUGGUGUCUUUUUUUUUUUUUUUUUUUUUGGUCCAGUACAUUUUGUUUCUGUAUAUGACUCUGUGUUUUGAAUCCACAUCUCUCCGUAGUAUUUUUUAAAUAAAUGUUUACAAUGUUA